UUGGCAGAGAGCCCCGCAGUCCUUCGUGGAAAGCGGCUCAGGCGGGGUGAUGGCUGCGGCGACGCGCACAGCGCCCCGCGCCCGAGAAAUCUUCACCACGCUGGAGUACGGACCCGCGCCGGAGAGCCACGCAUGCGCACUGCUCCUCUUGAAAAUCCAAUCCUCAGAGUUGGCAAGCUUUGGCUCACAGUUCCUGACAAAAAUCAUCUGGAUCCAGUAGCGACUGUUUUUAGACAAGUCCUGAAUUCCCAGUCUCCAGCAGGCCCCCUUCUCGCACUAAUAUGGCCUGGCAGCACCCUGCGGACAUUCUUUUAGAGGCCUGGCUGGACACCCAGGACCGGCACUUGGGUCACUAUGUAAAUGGAAAGUGGUUAAAGCCGGAACGUAGGAAUUCAGUGCCUUGCCAGGAUCCCAUCACAGGAGAGAACUUGGCCAGUUGCCUCCAGGCCCAGGCGGAGGAUGUGGCGGCAGCCGUGGAGGCAGCCAGGACCGCGUUGGAGAACUGGAGCACGCUCCCCGGAGCCCGUCGGGCCCAGCACCUGACCAGGCUGGCCAAGAUGAUCCAGAAGCACCAGCGCCUGCUGUGGACCCUGGAGUCCCUGGUUACUGGACGGGCCGUUCGAGAGGUUCGAGACAGGGAUGUCCCGCUGGCCCAGCAGCUGCUCCAGUACCAUGCAGUCCAGGCACACACCCAGGAGGAGGCGCUGGCAGGCUGGGAGCCCAUGGGAGUAAUUGGUCUCAUCGUGCCACCCACAUUCUCCUUCCUUGAGAUGAUGUGGAGGAUUUGCCCUGCCCUGGCUGUGGGCUGCACUGUGGUGGUCCUCGUGCCCCCAGCCUCCCCGGCGCCCCUCCUCCUGGCCCAGCUGGCAGGAGAACUGGGCUCAUUCCCAGGAAUCCUCAACAUGAUCAGUGGCCCUACCUCCCUGGGGCCAGUCCUGGCCUCCCAGCCUGGAGUCCAGAAGGUGGCCUUCUGUGGAGCUGUCGAGGAAGGACGUACCCUUCGGCGGACCCUGGCGGGCCAGGGUCUCGAGCUGAGCCUGGCCCUGGGGGCCGAGUCGCUGCUGCUGCUGACAGAGGCAGCUGAUGUGGACUCGGCUGUGGAGGGUGUCGUGGAUGCAACCUGGUCCGACCGCAGCCAGGGCGGCCUCAGGCUUCUCAUCCAGGAGUCUGUGUGGGAUGAGACGAUGACACGGCUCCAGGCGCGGAUGGGGCGGCUUCGGGUUGGCCGAGGGCUGGACGGGGCUGUAGACAUGGGGGCCCGAGGGGCUGCCGCACGUGACCUGGCCCAGCGCUAUGUGCACGAGGCCCAGAGCCAGGGUGCGCAGGUGUUCCAGGCUGGCGAUGUGCCCUCAGACAGCCCAUUCUAUCCACCAACCUUGAUCUCUGACCUGCCCCCAGCCUCCCCAUGUGCCCAGACUGAGGUGCCAUGGCCUCUGGUGGUGGCCUCCCCAUUCCGCACAGCCAAGGAGGCCCUGGCAGUGGCCAACGGGACGCCCCGAGGAGGCAGUGCCAGCGUGUGGAGCGAGAGGCUGGGGCAGGCCCUAGAGCUGGGCUACAGGCUCCGGAUGGGAAUAGUGUGGAUCAAUGCCCACGGCCUCAGAGACCCUGCCGUGCCCACAGGUGGCUGCAAGGAGAGUGGGUCUUCCUGGCACGGGGGCCCAGAUGGUCUCUAUGAGUAUCUGCGGCCCUCAGGGACUCCUGCCCGGCAGCCCUCCCUUUCCGAGAAUCUGAACUAUGACACCUUUGGCCUUGCUGUCCCCUCCACCCUUCCAGCUGGGCCUGAAACAGGGCCCAGCUCAGCACCCCCCUAUGGGCUUUUCGUGGGGGGCCGUUUCCAGGCUCCUGGGGCCCGGAGCUCCAGGCCCAUCCAGGAUUCCCACGGCAAUCUCCAUGGCUACGUGGCUGAGGGCGGAGCCAAGGACAUCCGCGGUGCUGUGGAGGCUGCCCACCAGGCUGCCCCUGGCUGGGUGGGCCAGUCGCCAGGGGCUCGGGCAGCCCUCCUGGGGGCCCUGGCGGCUGCGCUGGAGCGCAGGGAGUCCGCACUGGCCGCGAGGCUGGAGAGGCACGGAGUGGAGCUCAAGGUCGCCAAGGCCGAGGUGGAGCUGAGUGUGAGGCGGCUUCGGGCUUGGGGGGCCCGGGCCCAGGCCCAGGGCCACACCCUGCAGGUAGCAGAGCUGAGAGGUCCCGUGCUCCGGCUGAGGGAGCCGCUGGGUGUGCUGGCUAUCGUGUGCCCGGACGAGUGGCCCCUGCUGGCCUUCGUGUCCCUGCUGGCCCCCGCCCUGGCCCACGGCAACACUGUGGUCUUGGUGCCCAGCGGGACCUGUCCCAUCCCCGCCUUGGAGGUCUGCCAGGAUGUGGCCACCUUGUUGCCAGCAGGCCUGGUGAACGUGGUCACAGGCGACCGUGACCACCUGACCCGCUGCCUGGCCUUGCACCAGGACGUCCAGGCCCUGUGGUAUUUCGGAUCUGUCCAGGGCUCCCAGUUUGUGGAGUGGGCCUCAGCAGGAAACCUGAAGCCAGUGUGGGUGAACAGGGGCCUCCCGCGGGCCUGGGAUCAGGACGCUGAGGGGGCAGGUCCAGAGCUGGGGCUGCGGGCAGCACAGACCAAGGCCCUGUGGCUGCCCAUGGGAGACUGACGCCUGUGUACCACCACCGCAUCUUGGACGGAGGAGAGAUGGGUGCAAACUGUCACCAGACGCCUGAGACUUUCCUCUUAUGAUGGUUCCCGUGCUCUCUAAGACACCCUGACCAACCUCGGCUGGGCUUCUGAGGGGAGGGAGACAGCAAGCUGCAACUUCUGGUCUCUUUGAGGCCAUUUGAGUUCUGAGACUUGGCAGCCCAGUGGGCUGGCUCCAGAACCACACAGUGUUUAUGAAACCGAUAAGGGGACCUUGGAAGCCCCAGCCAAGGCCAUGGGGCCUCUCGUCUCUUCUGGUCUGCUCCAUCCGGUGGCUCCUGCUCUUUAACUUUGUCUCCUCCUGCAUUGCCUCAGAAUCCAUAGGGUGCUGGUCUAAAAUAAAAUUCAGUAGCUCUCUGCAAUAAAACAAAAGCCCUGGUAAGUGA